AUGAAAUUCCUAAAUUACUUCUUCUAAAAUCAAAACCCUUAAAAUGAGAGCUAGAAAAAUAUAAAAUCUAGCAAGACUUAUCAAUAAACUUUGAAAUUAGAAAGUCAAAUUUUGAAUUAAUACUCUGGACUUACUUUAGGUGAAUCGAUUGAAAUUAAAGAUGUAUACUUUAACUUUAGAAAUACAGAAACAUUUAUCCACACACUAGAGUGUGGAAAAUAAAACUAAGAAGUUAUGGUCCUUGUUCAUGGAUAUGGUGGAAGCGCUGUUACUUAUUAUUAAAUACUAAAAUAAUUAAGUGAAAAAUAUCAUGUAUUUGCCAUAGAUAUUAUUGGUAUGGGUCUUUCUGAUAGAUAAAACUUUAACGUUGAUAACGAUACUAGGUCUAUUAUUGACUUUUUUGUAGAGUCCAUAAAUCAAUGGAGAAUUUAACUUUCUUUGGAAUAAUUUGUGUUAGUUGGACAUUCCUUCGGUGGAUAUAUAUCAGCAAAUUACACAGUUAAAUAUUCUGAAUAAGUCACUGAGUUAUUUUUACUUUCACCAAUGGCUGGUACCCAAACUAAUCCGUUUGAGAGUUUAAUUGACGAGAAUGAUUUCUAGAGAUAUGUUAAUAACUAGCCUUUUUUACAAAAAAUGAUUCUUAAGUAUGUUAGAAAGUAGCAUAACACUAAGACUACUAUUUAAGAUUUAACUAGAAAAUGGUUUGUGCCAUCUAAAUUUAUCAUCGGUAAAGCUCUCAAUAAAAAAAUUCAUACAAAUAACAAAACUGAAAAGCAAUUAUGGCAAAAUUACUUUAAUAACUUAUACUAAUUACCUGAAUCUACUGAUCAUUUCAUUCACGGCUUAAUAACCUUCCCUUUUAUCUAGGCAAAAUUGUCAAUAGAAUAAUAAUUUGAAGAAAAUUUAAAUAAAAUUAAUUAAACUGUUCACUUUUACUUUGGAGAUUCAGAUUGGAUGGAUUCAACUGGAUGUAUUCGUCUUUCAAAAAAAUUAAAAAGUACCUUUAGGUACAUAGAAAAUGCCAGUCAUCAACUAUAUUUUGACCAACCUUAAACAAUAGCUAAUUUAUUACUCAAUCCUUAUUUAAAUUAUUUUUACUGA